GCAAGAACUCAGAAGCAGAUGAGAAAGAGUAGCAGCAUCCGCCCUCUACAAACCAGAUCUGUUUCUUUGACACUUAAGAUUGUGUUUGAUCAGCUUUUCAGUGGAUAGACUGUGUUUGAGAACAACUUUUGUUUACUUUUCAACAGAAAAGAUGUUCUGAUUUUGUGAUCAAGUAUCUGUGUCUACACCAUCAUGGCUUUGGAAGAUGUUUGCAGCUUCAAAGAAAGGCCGGUGCAACAUAAAUGGUUUUCUUUUUCAUCUCUGGGGGACGCAGCAAUUCCAUUUCCUACGAGUGACUGUUACAACCUAAGAUGCUCAAGACUGGAAACAUCUGAAAACAACUGUGGAGUUCCACUGCAUUUUUUUAUACCACCUCUUCCACAUUCCUCCUCUUUCAUCAACACACCGUUGUCAUCCUUCUGCCCACCCAAAAAUUCAAUGACAGUCCAGAAGCCUUUCCGUUUGGCUCAUGGAACAACAACCCUGGGUUUCAUCUUCCAAGGUGGGGUAAUAGCAGCAGCAGACACACGUGCCAGUGCCGGGGGUCUUGUUGCCUGUCCGGCUGUUCAUAAGAUCACCCCUAUUCACUCUCAUCUAGUGGUCACAUCUUCUGGUAGUGGUGCAGAUUGCAUGCUGUGGGAGAGAAUUCUGAUUAGAGAGAUCAGACUGUACCAGUUACGGCAUGGACAUCGCCUUUCAAUACGUGCCACAGCUAAGCUCCUUUCAUCUAUGCUCCAUCCUUUUAAAGGUACUGAAAUGUGUGUUGCUCUUACACUGUGUGGUUGGGAUAAGCAAGAGGGUGCCGUUGACUGUGCAACAAGUUUGGAAGACUCACCCUGGAUGACUGAUGAUAGCUCCUUGGCUGUUUUUAGUAACCAAAACAUUACUGCAACAACUUCUCCAAACAGCGGUCCAAAGCUUAUAUAUGUGUGCAGUGACGGAGCCCGACUGCAGGGAGAUGUCUUCUCUGUGGGCUCAGGCUCACCUUAUGCUUAUGGAGUCUUGGACAGAGAGCUGAGGUGGAGCCUGAGUAAAGGAGAAGCCAUCUCAUUGGCAAGAGAAGCAGUGUUCAGGGCCACUCACAGGGAUGCCUACUCGGGGAACAAUGUGGACCUUUUCCACAUCACAGCACAAGGAUGGAGCCAGAGAAAGAGAGAGGACUUGAAAGAAGAAUAUUACAGAGAUAAAGAAAAGAAGGGAAAGAAAAAGAAUGACAAACUCAAAUAAUACUCAAUAAUCAAAAACAUUUAUGUGUGGGAGGAAAUUAUGAUGUUAUAUUUAUCAUUGAAAAGUAAAUUUAAUAAUAAUCACACACAUUUACACUCUGAUGGAUGGAUCGGAGAGUAACUUGGGGUUAGUAUCUUGCCCAAGGAUUCUUGACAUGCAGACUGGAGGAGCCUGGGAACAAACCACCAACCUUCUGAUCAGUGGGUGAGCUGCUCUACCUCCUAAGCUACUAAUGGGCAAGCACAGUGGCUUGAGGUUAGCGCUGUUGCCGUACAGCAAGAAGGUCCUGAGUUCGA